AUGAUAAUGCUUUGGUGGAAAAAUAACGUCUUGUUUAUUUUUAGCAGCAAACACGUGACGAUCCACGUACCAUACAAGGUGCACACCAUUCAUCAUCACCACGUAUCGAAGGUUCCUUACCCUGUCCACGUGCCUGUGGUCAAAGAGGUGCCAGUGAUCAAGGAGGUGCCUGUGUACAAGCACGUGCCGGUGCCGGUAAUCCAACAUGUGCCGGUGCCGGUCAUCAAGAAGGUGGAAGUUGAGAAGCAAGUGUUUGUGCCCGUCCAUCAUGAGGAACAUCACGGUUGGGAGGGAGAGUCGCUGUCGCACGGCUGGCACUGA